CCCCGCUUCCCGCGGCGCCCACCAUGAAGGAGGACAAGGAGAACGCCAGGCCGAAGGAGAAGCGCGGCGGGCCCCUCACUCCCACCGGGCUCGGAGCGGCCAUGGCCGGAGCGGACGCCAAGGCGGGAGGGGAGCCCGACCGGCUCGAGAGGCCCAAAGACAAGAAAGAGACGCUCAGCAAGGUAGUGAUUCGACGCCUUCCUCCCAGCCUGACCAAGGAACAGCUUGAAGAACAUCUCCAGCCACUGCCAGAGCACGAUUAUUUUGAAUUCUUUUCAAAUGACUCUAGUUUGUAUCCUCACAUGUUUUCCAGAGCAUACAUCAACUUUAAAAACCAAGAAGACAUAGUUCUGUUCAGGGAUCGCUUUGAUGGUUAUGUUUUUAUUGAUCACAAAGGUCUCGAAUAUCCCGCCAUAGUGGAAUUUGCUCCGUUUCAAAAAGCUGCCAAAAAGAAGAAUAAGAAAAAGGAUGCCAAAGCCGGAACCAUUGACGAUGAUCCAGAAUAUAAGAAGUUUUUAGAAAGCUACAGUGCUGAUGAUGAAAAAUUAACAUCUACUCCCGAGACUUUAUUAGAAGAAAUAGAGGCAAGAAAUAAAGAAUUAAUAGCCAAAAAGACGACUCCUCUGUUGAACUUCUUGAAGAAUAAGCAGAGGCUUAGAGAAGAGAAACGAGAGGAGAGGAGGCGACGGGAACUAGAGAGGAAAAGACAACGGGAAGAAGAAAGAAGGAAGUGGAAAGAAGAAGAAAGAAGACGGCGAAAAGAAGCUGAAAAAACAAAGAAAGUCGAGAGGUGUCCGGAAAAGGAAAGGGACAAAUCAAAGGAUGAACCAAAGAUUAAGCUACUUAAGAAGCCAGAGAAAGAUGAGAGAGACUUUGAAAAAAAGGAGAAGGCCAAGAGACUGGAGAAAGAGAAUCUGAGAGAGGACAAGAUUGUCAGCCCAAUUGGCAGCCUGCCAGCCAAGCGCUCGGAUGGGGAAGCUAAAGAGGAAAAGACCAAAAAACCAGUGUAUCCACUGCAAUUUGAAGACGAGGGCGGGAAGGACUACCGAGAAAGAGACUACGACCGCGACAGAGACUACGAGAGAAUUCAGCGGGACAAAUUCCGGCGCCAAGAAGACGACCGUCGACGGCAGAAGGAACGCUUCGAGAAAGAGAGGGUGUUCCGGAGGAAAGAAGAGGACGUGAAAAGAGAACGAGACUCCUUGCGAGAAAAAGGGAAAAGAGCCGACUUCGUGGAGUACGUGGGCAACCCCGAGAAAACGGAGAAGGGGACCAAGGAGGACAAAAGGGACGAUUUGGCCAAGAAAGACCGGAUCCGAAACAAGGAUCGACCAGCCAUGCAGCUCUACCAGCCAGGGGGCCGGAGUCGAAGUCGUUUAUCCGCCUACGACGAAAGCUCUCCCAAGCCAUCUGACCAAGGAGCGGAUAAAAAGCCGGAGUGUGAGGCUAGUAACUUGAAAGAAGAGGUGUGACGGCCUCACCUGUUCUCAUCGAACAAGCAGCCAAAGAGGAUGAACUGUACAGUCCAGAAGUGCCUUGGGGAAGAGGAGGAGGAGGAGGAGGAGAGAGCAGAGAAAACUAUGCUUUGGGAUGUAUCUGGUUUCUAAGCCAUGUGCAGAGUCAAAACCCAACCUUGUGUUCGGCGAGCGCCUUCUCAGUGAAGAGACCGCAGCAGCAGGAGCCUCAGAAAAGGGAGGUGGGCUCCCCACAGCCCAGUACAAGUGCUGUCUUUGAAAUAAUAAAAGCCACGAAGCAGUAUUUGCACCUCAGAUCCAGUCCUUGGGAUCGCACCAGGGUUUAUAAGGUUGGAUCACGGUAGUCGGUGCUCCCAGAAUUUGCAUUAUUGACUGGAGCGGGAGAAAAACGCUGUCAUAAGUCACGAGAGAGUCGGUUCUUUUCUUUCUUUUUUUCUUCCUUGUGUUUCUAACAGCUAAUGGCAAAAAUGAAUGUUCAGAGUGUAACUUUGCAUUUGCUUUGCUUUGCGAGAGGUUUGUACAGCCGGAUUGAAAGCGCUGACAUUAGAUAUGGAUAUAUUUUUUUUAAUACAGUUUUUGUUUUAAAGGCAGCCGUAUCGAUUUUAAUUUACCCUCUGCUUUUCUGAAUGCCACCUAAGAAAAUAGUUUGGUUUUUGGGUUUUUUUUUUUUUUGCUUCAGUUCAGACUUUCUUCUUCAGUGCACUAAGGCAGCCAUCUCACCUUUCCCCAUUCAUCUCUCUCGGAUUGCUUUUCUCGGCUUUCUAGGGAAUCGGGGGCUAACUGGGUGAAAAGGGCCACUGAGGAAGAACUCCUAGCAACAGACCUGGGUUCUCCUUUAUGCUAAUCCAACACAGCUAUUUUAUA